UUUCUGUUUACAAGCCUGAAGAUGGCUGCUGCUUCUUCCUGCAGUGUGGAAGAAGAUGAGAGCCUGAAGGGAUGUGAACUCUAUGUGCAGAAGCACAACAUCCAACAGAUUUUGAAAGAGUGCAUUGUAAACCUUUGCAUAGCAAAGCCCGACCGACCCAUGAAGUUCCUCAGAGAACACUUUGAAAAAUUAGAAAAGGAAGAAUGUAAACAAAUACUGGCUCGGCAGAAAUCCAGUUCCCAGUCUGAUUCUCAUGAUGAUGAGAUUUCCCCUCCUCCUCCCAACCCAGUGGUAAAAGCCCGGCGCCGGAGAGGGGGGGUCAGUGCGGAAGUGUACACGGAGGAAGAUGCUGUUUCUUAUGUCAGAAAGGUUAUUCCAAAGGACUAUAAAACUAUGACUGCUCUAGCAAAGGCCAUCUCCAAGAACGUGCUCUUUGCUCAUCUUGAUGACAAUGAACGAAGUGACAUAUUCGAUGCCAUGUUCCCCGUCACACACAUCGCAGGAGAAACAGUCAUACAACAGGGUGAUGAAGGAGACAACUUCUACGUGAUUGACCAAGGCGAGGUGGAUGUUUAUGUCAAUGGGGAGUUGGUCACCAGCAUUGGAGAAGGAGGCAGCUUUGGGGAACUGGCAUUGAUCUACGGAACACCCCGGGCCGCCACCGUCAAGGCCAAGACAGAUCUCAAGCUCUGGGGCAUCGACAGAGACAGCUACAGGCGCAUUUUAAUGGGCAGCACGCUGAGAAAGCGGAAGAUGUAUGAAGAAUUCCUGAGCAAGGUCUCCAUUUUGGAGUCCCUGGACAAAUGGGAGCGGCUGACAGUGGCUGACGCACUGGAACCUGUCCAGUUUGAAGACGGAGAAAAAAUUGUUGUGCAGGGAGAGCCUGGUGAUGACUUCUUCAUUAUUACAGAGGGCACAGCUUCUGUCCUGCAGCGCAGAUCUGACAACGAGGAGUACGUCGAAGUUGGAAGACUUGGUCCAUCAGAUUAUUUUGGUGAGAUAGCGUUGCUUCUCAAUCGGCCCCGGGCUGCUACGGUGGUGGCACGUGGACCUCUGAAGUGCGUAAAGCUGGAUCGGCCCCGCUUCGAACGAGUGCUCGGUCCUUGUUCCGAAAUCCUGAAGAGAAACAUUCAGAGAUACAACAGUUUCAUUUCGCUCACCGUCUAAACGAUUCCUUGCAGAAAGCUGCCUUUGUGUGACCCCGUGCACUUCAGUUUGCUCUGUGCAGCUCCAUAGCUUUAUGAAGAAAAAAAAUAAAAGGUGUGCAUUUUAUAUGUAUUUUUUCUGUUGGUGUCACGUACUGGAUGUCAGUUCAAAUCUCAUGUAUCAUGUGAGUAGGAAGACAACUGUUUGGGUAAGACUAGCUUUGGGGAGGAUUAGGCUCUUGGCCUGCAGGCAAGUUUUCUACCUGUUGUUGGAUCAUAUAGCUUAAAACUGUGGUUUUAACUAUUUAAAAUCCAUAUGAAUUACUGUCUCCCUUAUCGUCUUUGAACUUGGUCUUACUCACCUUCUGUCCAG